AGGAAUACAGCGAUUUUCCACGUCUGUGCGAGAUGCACUCGGCAAUGGUGGUGGGUGAUAACGCCGCGUUUUCAGUCAACGACGACGCACCACACCGAAAAGUUGAGCUGUCGUCGCGACGCUAACUCACAAGCGCCGCAACUCCACGGUGCAUCGCAUUGGGUUAAAGUUCUCGACUGGCAGGAAGUGACGCUCUCUCAGCUUUAAACUAUGACUUCCGUACCUGUUGAAAAUAUUUGCCCGAUCGACUAAGUAACUUCUUCUAUCAGUUGCGACAGUCACUUCUGAAGUUUGAUAAUCAUGGAGAACAUCACGGAUUCCAUUUGUCACAAGACCAAUGUCACAAUCAACGACUCCGAUGACUUCGACGUCUGGGCCUAUGUCGAGUGCUAUCGCGGUCUACAACGUCAACCGCUCUAUAUGGCUCUACCGAUUACCAUUAUCAAUUGCUUCAUCUUCGUCACCGGAUUUCUAGGGAACAUCUGCGUGUGCAUUGUAAUCGCCAAGCACUCCUCACUGCACACCGCUACGAAUUAUUAUCUCUUCAACUUGGCUAUUUCGGAUUUGUUGCUGCUGGUCUUUGGCUUGCCCAACGAUGUCGCUAGCUAUUGGCACAUGUAUCCUUGGAAUCUCGGCGAGUUUUUCUGCAAAAGUCGGGCACUUGUGUCUGAAAUGGCCUCUUACGUGUCUGUAUUGACAAUAGUCGCCUUCUCGACGGAACGGUACUUGGCCAUCUGCUAUCCUCUCUAUUUGCAUAAGAUGAGCGGAUUUCAACGGGCCGCCAAGAUAAUCGCCGUGAUGUGGGUCGUCUGCUUCCUGGCCGCUCUACCCUUUGCCCAUUACACAACAGUGGACAUGAUUUACUAUCCAAACUCAAACAGAAAAAUUCAGGAGUCGGCCUUCUGCGGAAUGUUAAACGGUCCGAAAUAUUUGUGCGAGAUCAGCACGUUUACGUUCUUCAUUGUACCGUUGAUAAUAAUAUGUGUCCUAUACGUAAGAAUGGGAUUAAAGAUACACAGAACUGCGAGGAAAACCUUAGGAAAAGAACUGAAAGGAUCGGUACAUAGGACGAACAGAAGGCUACAAGUGAACAAGAACGUCAUAAGGAUGUUAACCUACGUCGUAAUCGGUUUUUUCUUCUCCUGGGCGCCGUUCCAUGCCCAAAGAUUGGUCUACAUCUACAUGCAAGACCAUCCAUAUUAUGAAGAAAUAAACACUUGGAUAUUCAUCAUAACGGGCAUCUUUUACUAUUUUUCUUCAACUCUGAAUCCCAUACUUUACAAUUUAAUGUCGGUAAAAAUGAGGAACGCUUUUAAGGAGGUCAUUCUCCGGAAGAAGCCACAAAGGACGUUCAUUACAACGUCACAAACGACGACUGUGGUGAGAGACACCAGAUCCAACCGACAGAGUCAGAAAACUGAUGAUACUGAACAGUUGGUAAAGAAAGAAAUGGUUAAUACUCCACCAUCAAGAAAUAAAAAAAAAAUUAUUUACAAGAGGAAUAAGAACAUCAAGAAUGGUGAUACUCGCAUCAGUUUAGAAACAUCAAUAUAAAUUUUAUAAAUGUUAAUUAAUAUGAUAAUUAAGUUGAUGUGAAAUAUAUAUUUAGAAUUAUUCAUAUUCAAAGCAAGUAAUCAACAUACUUCUUGUCUAUAUUAUAAUGAAUAAGAUAUACUUAUAUAAACAUUUUAUGUAAUAUGUUAUAAGAAAUAACAUAUUAUUUCCUCCAUUUCCUCCUCAACAUACUCUUUUCAAAACUACCAUUAUUUUUGAAUACUCAGUAUGGGAUAAAUUGAAUUUAACAUUCCUACAAAGUAAAUUUAGAGAUUAAAGUCACAAAAAAUACAUAAUUAAUUAUAUAAAUAAAUCUCAAAAUUCUGUAAAUAUAUAAAAUAUAAGGCUGAAUUUUAAAUUGUUUGUAAAUACUUCAAUAAGUAAAUUAAAAUAAAUUAUAAGAAUAUGUAUCACUCCAUGUUAAAUGUUAAGUGUUAUCUGUGAUAUAUGUAUUAGGUUUAAACAAUAUGUUUAAGUAAAUGUACGUUCUAACUGUGUUUAUUUUAUAAACCUAUAAUUUUAUAUUAAUAUUUUUAUCAUGCGGCGUACUGAUAUAAUUUUAAGAAAAUAUAUUAAAAAAAUCUUUUUUUAUUACAGUUUUUAUAGUGAUCGGGUUUAUCACCUCUUGGGCGCCGUUUCAUCUACAACGACUGUGUUACUAUAUGACUGGUAUGCCCUACUAUUUUGAAAUAAAUACGUGGAUGUUUAUCAUCACGGGAUUUUUCUAUUACUUCUCUACGAUUUUAAAUCCAAUACUCUACAC